AUGUUUGCAGAUUCCAGAAUCGAACAAACCACACCACCUAAAACACAAGAGUUAGUCCCAUCAUCAGCCAAAACACAGAAGCAUAAUUUUCACUCUUUAGAUUUAUAUAACAGGUUCUCGAUUCUAGACGAAACUAACCCAGAACCAAAGAGUAAGAGGGAGUUUAAAAUAAGAGAGAAAUAUAAUUUGACAGAGAACAAGAGAGUGAUAGAGCGAGGGGAAGCUGCUGCGAGAUUCAAUUCCAGAUUAGUCGGAAAUCAUUGUGCAAAAUUGGUAAGAAGCUGGAGAGACGAACAUGAAGGCGAAAGACAAAAUGUUAGAAUACCGUCUACUCCUCGAGAGAAGCGAGAAGGAGAAGAAGCAGAUGAGCAAGAUCCGUUCAUCAGCGAAAAUGCCACAUCGCCGUCACGGGCAUCGCCUCUCGUCGUCACACUCAACUGUGUCGAGGAUUGGCGCUCGAGCAGGACUCACUCGCCGGCGUUGCUCGUGUCGAAUACGUCCUGCUCAGUCGCAUCGCCAGUGGUAAGAUCUGACGCCCGUGUCGAACCGUCGCAAUUCCGCACUACCGCCAGCAUCUCAUCCGAGCCGCUCUCAACCCAGAUCUAUGCUCACCUGUAA